AUGGGCUCUGCUUCUCUGAUCAAUCCGUUGACAUCCUCGCUCUGCAGCCCAAAAUCAGAGCUCACAGCUCCCAAACAGCUAUGGGUGGUGGGGGUGGGCCCCGCCACCACCACGUCUUUGAGCGUGAGGUCCAACAACAAGAGCAACAGCAAGAGCAUGCGCCAGAUAGGGAAGCCUUCUUCAGUUUCCUCUGUGGUGUGCAAGGCUGUUUCUGUGACGCCACAGACCGCCGUUGAGGGUCUCAACAUUGCUGAAGAUGUCACUCAGCUUAUUGGAAAAACACCGAUGGUGUACCUGAAUAACAUCGUAAAGGGGUCUGUUGCAAACAUUGCUGCAAAGCUUGAGAUUAUGGAGCCAUGUUGCAGUGUCAAGGACAGGAUAGGGUACAGUAUGAUAAUCGAUGCUGAGCAAAGAGGACUUAUAAAGCCUGGACAGAGUGUUCUGGUGGAACCCACUAGUGGAAACACAGGCAUUGGGCUUGCAUUUAUUGCUGCCACUAAAGGAUAUAAACUCAUCUUGACAAUGCCAGCUUCAAUGAGUUUGGAGAGAAGGGUUCUUCUAAAGGCAUUUGGAGCUGAGCUUGUUUUGACUGAUUCAGCAAAGGGAAUGAAGGGAGCAGUUCAGAAAGCUGAAGAAAUAUUCAAAAGCACACCCAAUGCAUACAUGCUUCAACAGUUUGACAAUCCUGCUAAUCCUAAGAUACACUAUGAGACAACUGGUCCAGAGAUCUGGGAAGAUACAAGAGGCAAAGUGGAUAUAUUUAUUGGAGGAAUUGGAACUGGUGGAACCAUUUCUGGGGCAGGACGAUUCCUUAAAGAGAAAAAUCCUAAAAUAAAGAACCCUCAGAAAGCAACAUCCUUUCAGGUGGAAAGCCCGGUCCCCACAAGAUUCAAGGGAUUGGAGCUGGAUUUAUACCUAGAAAUUUGCACCAGGAUGUUGUCGAUGAAGAUAUAUAGAAUCUCAAGUGAUGAAGCUGUUGAAACUGCGAAGCAAUUAGCACUCCAGGAAGGCUUGUUGGUUGGUAUUUCUUCUGGGGCUGCUGCUGCUGCUGCUCUCAAGGUUGGUAAGAGACCUGAAAAUGCAGGGAAGCUUAUCACGGUAGUGUUUCCAAGUUUCGGUGAACGAUAUCUCUCCACCAUACUUUUCCAGUCAAUCAGAGAAGAAUGUGAGAAAAUGCAACCCGAACCAUGA